GCGGCACCUUUUGAGUUCACAAUCACACGUAUGAUCUGUGAGUGGUUCCUUUCGCGGAUGGCACCCGUGCGACUCCUUGAGUCAACGUUCAACGUUGCAACCCUCGGCGUCCACGCCGCUCGCGCUCUUCUUUUUGACUGCAUUUAUCUCCUCUGCGACGAACAAUGGCUGACACUGGACGUGGACGCGGUGGAUUCGGGCGUGGACGUGGUGACAGGGGACGUGGCCGUCGGGGCCCUCGCCGCGGAGGCCGCAAGGACGAGGAGAAGGAAUGGGUGCCUGUCACGAAGCUCGGUCGUCUCGUGAAGGACGGCAAGAUCAAGGAGAUUGAGGAGAUCUAUCUCUUCUCGCUGCCUGUGAAGGAGUACCAGAUCGUCGACACUCUCCUGCCGAAACUCAAGGAUGAAGUGAUGAAGAUCAUGCCCGUUCAGAAACAAACCCGUGCGGGGCAGCGCACGCGUUUCAAGGCAUUCGUCGCGGUCGGUGACUCUGAUGGCCAUGUCGAUCUCGGUGUCAAGUGCGCGAAGGAAGUCGCGACCGCUAUUCGCGGAGCCAUCGUCCUCGCCAAACUCUCCGUUGUUCCCGUCCGACGGGGGUAUUGGGGUGCUGCGCUCGGUGAGCCGCACACUGUGCCCUCGAAGGUCAGCGGGAAGGUCGGUUCUGUCAUGUGCCGGCUCAUCCCCGCACCAAGAGGUACUGGUCUCGUCGCCGCCCCCGCAUCGAAGCGACUGCUGCAGAUGGCCGGUGUCGAGGAUUGCUACACGCAAUCAAAGGGUUCAACAGCAACGAUGGGUAACUUCUUGAAGGCAACCUUCGCUGCGAUCACGAAGACAUACGCAUUCCUCACCCCCGAUCUUGCAAAGAGAGAGAAUGCUCAGUUGAAGUACCCAUACGACGAAUACAGCAUGCACCUACAGCUUGCACAGGGCAAGAAGAUCAGCGAUCCCAGCUUAGCGUACAUUGUGCUCGGAGGGUUCGUUGUCUUGGGAUAUGCGAUAUCAUUGUUCAGUAUGCUGUCGUUGUUGGUGAAGGAAAAGCUCUACAUUAAUGAAGUCGUGCUCGGGACCGCUUUUGGUAUCAUUAUCGGUCCAUACUGCGCCAACGCCUUUGAUCCUCGAUCAUGGGGUAGCGAUUCGAAUGCUGUCACACUGGAAGUCAUGCGCAUCGUUCUGGCAACAGGUCUGUUCGCUAUCGGUGUCGAGCUGCCGCAGUCAUACAUGGCGGAUCAUGUCAAAGGGCUCCUUGUGAUGGUUGUGCCUACCAUGGCAUUUGGAUGGGUAGUGGUUGCAGCUAUCAUCUAUGGUUUGUUCUCUCCGUACAACUACAUCUCAGCACUCGUGGUCGCCGCGUGUCUGACGCCGACUGACCCUAUCAUAAGCGCGGCGAUUGUCGGCGGGAAAUUUGCAAUGAAGCAUGUACCUCCGAACCUGCGUCGCAUCCUGUCUGCGGAGUCUGCCGCCAACGACGGCCUGGCGUACCCUUUCCUGAGCGUCUCAAUCUAUCUCACAGUCGAGAGCAGCCGUCGGGAGGCUAUUGGCAAAUGGUUCCUAGUGGGCUGGUUAUGGCUCGCUUUUUGUCACCUGAUGAAGAUCUCAUACCGCAAGGGGUUUAUUGACCGCGAAUCAUACGUGGCCCAAUACCUCGCCCUCGCGCUUUUCACCAUUGGCAUAGUCAGUACUCUAGGUAGCGAUGACCUGCUAGCAGCCUUUGCUGCAGGUACUGCCAUCAGUUGGGACGGGCACUUCAAUGACCAGACAGAGAACGAGGUUUUCUCAUCGGUCAUUGACCUGCUGCUGAACUGUGGUUGCUUCAUCUAUAUUGGCGCAUGGCUGCCCUUCGACAAGUACAAUUCACCGGAACUGGGCAUCACGCCGUGGCGCCUGGUCGUACUCGUCAUCGCGAUCCUGUUGCUCCGACGGAUCCCGCCUUUGCUCGUUUUGUACCGGUGGGUGCCAGAGAUAUCCAACUGGCGGGAGGCUUUAUUCUCUGGACAUUUUGGUGCGAUGGGCGUCGGGGCAGUAUACGUCUCCACCUUAGCCACUACCAAACUUCCCACGCCGCAUGAUCCACCGCAAGGCCAAGCUGAGCUGCUCGCUGCUACUGUGCAAAUCAUCGUAUCCUUCGUCGUUUUAUGCUCCAUCGUUACCCAUGGUCUCUCCAUCCCAUUCUUCUCCUUUGGCAAGAACGUCCGUUCCCGCACGGUAUCCAUGUCGCGCACCUGGACAUCGCGCAACACUGGCGCCCCCGAGUGGCUCUUGUGGACGCGCCGCGCAGGCGAGGUGCCGCAUUCGCCCGCCAGCCCGAGCCCCGAUCUCGAGCAGGCCGAACCGGCCACGGCGGAGGCGGGGCUGGAGAACGCAGGGCCGGUUGUGUCGCCCACUGGAAGUAUGCGAUCCUCUAAGGCAGGCGAGACGACCCCCAAGACUGGCGAGACGAUCCGCCGGCGCCCUUCCUUGCGGGACGUGCUGCACGAUUUGGUGUUCAUGCCUGGCGAUGAGACCCCGGUCCGUCUGGGCGGCGACGUGAACGCUCUGCGUGAGCCGGGCCCGGAUUAUCAGAACGAGCCAGAGCUCCCUUCGGAGUCGGAUCUGCGCACCCCGAAGUCGGUUCGGUUUGGCGAUGGUAACGAAGAGGAAGGCGAAGAGACUAUGCAAGACGAGUCCGUCGGGACGGACAACGACGCGCAGGAGAGCGUAUCGCCCGUCUCUAUCGUGCAGACCCCGAAGCCCGUGUACGUCUCGCCAGAUCAGCUGAGCCGCGCAGAGAACGAGCCGCAGGCAGGGCCGUCUGGCAUGAGCGAGCACCCGUCGCCGACGCAGGGCUUGUGGCUCCAAAGGAGGAGUCACGGUGGUUUGGAAUGGGGGUUGGAGGUGAUGAGUAAGAGGGAGGAGAUGAUCAAGGACCAAGCAAUAGAUGUGAUUCACGAGCCGACAUGUGCGCUGUUCAAGGCUGUCCAUUCGACCACCGUCGAUCAAUCGUCUAUGAGGCGAUGUUGA